UCAAAAGUGAAAUAUAUCAAAAGUGAAAUACAAAUUUUUGGAAAUAAUUUGGUAAAAAAAAUAGGAGAUUCGUGUAUCGAAAAUAUCAAAAGAAAAAGUAAAGGAAGUAGCGUCAUGAAAAUGCCGGCAGAGUCCUCGAUUUAUUGGGACUCGGUUGGUUCCCAGCGCUCCACUUCCGGUGGCAGUACAGGAAGCGCUAGCAGGCACUAUGUGGACCCGUGGGACCUGGAGAACUACGCGUACCUGCGGCGUCACAGCGUUGCGGGACUGACGCAACAGGCGUCGCGACAUCAUCGGCAUCAAGCACAUCGCAUGUCACAAGAAUCUCGUGCGCAUUCCGAGUAUUGGUAUUCGUCGUCGACGAGAGAACCGGGCUACGUCGCACCAGCUUUCGUGGAAGAAUUGUAUUGUGGACCAGUCAGGCCAACGAACAAUAGUUGUUAUUAUCACCAGCCGAUCUACGAGGACGAGGUACCGGAUUACGUCGCCCCGUUUCCGGUCUACGCGCCUCUCUCCGAAGUGAGACACGGCGAGUUUAUGGAAGACCACAGGCGGCCCAGGCACAGAUGCAAAUCGAUGCCUAUGAAAGAUAUUCAGAGGUCUAUGUAUAUUGAUCGUACGCCACCGAUGAGUACCGUGGACUUAGAUGUACCAGACCACCAUUCGCGAAGAGAAUAUCACUCAAUGGAACAAGAAAAGUGCAUGAUGCACAUUGUACCGCCCACGCAUCUCGAUCUGAACACGUAUGGACACUUAAAGAUCGAUUACACGAACAGCUGGAACUCGCUGAAUCGCAAAAUCAGUAAAUAACUCCGACAGAAAAGAAACAAAUG